GCAACGGGGCAAGGCUUGCCGGGGUUUCGCAUCCGGGAACUCGAGCAGGCAGUUCCCAUUAUGCCAGCAACAGUAUGCGGGGAUGUGCGGUAGAGCUUGCCUCGACGCGCAAACAGCAGAACUAACAUGGCUCUGGUAUCAGCCGAUUCCCGCAUCGCUGAGCUCCUGGGGGAGUUGCACCAGCUUAUCAAACAGACACAGGAGGAACGAUCAAGAAGUGAACACAACCUAGUCAACAUCCAGAAAACGCACGAGAGAAUGCAGACAGAAAACAAGAUUUCUCCAUAUUAUCGGACCAAAUUACGUGGCCUCUACACAACAGCCAAGGCUGAUGCAGAAGCAGAAUGCAACAUCCUGCGUAAGGACUUGGACAAGAUUGCAGAAAUUAAGUCUCUUCUGGAAGAACGCCGCAUAGCUGCCAAGAUUGCCGGCCUCUACAACGACUCGGAGCCGCCACGCAAAACCAUGCGCCGCGGUGUGCUGAUGACGCUCCUUCAGCAGUCGGCCAUGACUCUUCCCUUGUGGAUUGGGAAACCUGGAGAGAAACCUCCCCCUCUCUGUGGUGCCAUCCCUGCCUCUAGCGACUACGUGGCCAAGCCAGGCGACAAAGUGGCUGCUCGUGUCAAGACGGUCGAUGGAGACGAGCAGUGGAUCUUGGCUGAGGCCGUGAGCUACAACCACGCCACCAACAAGUAUGAGGUGGAUGACAUUGACGAGGAAGGGAAAGAGCGCCACACCUUGAGCCGCCGCCGCAUCAUCCCCCUGCCCCAGUGGAAGGCCAACCCUGAAACAGACCCUGAGGCCUUGUUCCAGAAAGAUCAGCUGGUCCUGGCCUUGUACCCACAAACUACCUGUUUCUACCGAGCACUUAUCCACACUCCUCCACAGCGGCCGCAGGAUGAUUACUCUGUGCUGUUUGAAGACACCAGCUAUGCAGAUGGCUACUCUCCACCCCUCAAUGUGGCUCAGCGCUAUGUAGUGGCUUGCAAAGAAACAAAGAAGAAGUGACAGCACCCUCUAGUGGAUGCUGGUGGUGUGGCAUGGCAAGGAACCAGAUCUCUCAAAUGGGACUGUUACAAUUGCAGAGUUAAUAAAACAGAAACUGAUAGGUGCAGGAGACAGGUUUUUUAAUCCAGAGUAAUAUAGAUCCCAUGUCCCCUAACCACAACAGCACACUGCAAAGGGAUAGAAAUGUUUUACAUGAAUUCUGUACUUGUGGGAAUUAAGGCAGAGCUUUUGACUUGUGGGCAAGCUUGGGCUUCAGACCAAAUGGAUUCAAGGCAUUGGAUAUUGAGCAGCCAUUAAAUCUCAUUUGGUGGCUUUGGGCAACUGAGCAUCUCAGCCUGGCCUAUAAUAAUUUUUAUAAUUAUAAUAAUAAUAAUUUUAUUAUUUAUACCCCACCCAUCUUGCUGGGUUUCCCCAGCCACUCUGGGCGGCUAUAUGGGUGUUGGGAAAAAGAGAGGGUGAGGAAAGAGCCAUGUGUGCUGCCCCAAAUAAAAAUGUCAUUCACAAAAUGGUGGUCUUGCCAGCCCAACAUCAGUGCGGCUGGCUCUGGAUUCAGAGUUUAGGAUUGUGGGGGUCUUCAUGGGGAGUGGGAUAUUAACAUUUUCAGGCCUGGUGUCUUUACCAGCUUAAAAUGCACCUAAGUCAUUCUUGAUUUGGAUCAAAACUGGUUUGGUGGGAAGCUCAUCAAAAUUUAGCAAUUAAUAAAGAACAGCAGGAUAUUUGUGAACUGUG